AUGGAACAACCUACGUCAGCGCCCACCACGCCCGAUGCGCCUCCCGCCUCCAACUCAAACCGCCCGCCAGCUCCGGGGAGGAAGCGGAGCUCGUCUGGGGCAGGUGGGCUGCUGUCCAAGCUUCCCUUCAUGCGCUCCACAGGUGAACACCGACCGAGAUCCCGCCGCAAUACCCUCGAGGCAGACCCGGCUGUCCCGGCCCCGACACUGCCGAUACCAUCCUUCACUUCGAUCCCUGCCGACGCACCCCAGAACCACGUCCCUGCAUCCCCCCCCACGACGGCACCGCUGCCUCAUAUACUUCAACACCAAACAGCGCAACAAAAAACACGACGACGUAGGGGGUCAUUGCGGAAAGUUGCGUUGCUCGGAAGGGGCGCCCAGCGCGAGCGGCGCGAGGGACGGGGGUUAACAAUUGAUACUACACUCGACGACGGGAGUAACGGGACACCCUAUGAGAUCAUUGCUACAGGCACAGGGCCCCUCGCAUCAAGUCCUGUGCCCAUUGACGGAAGUCCCAACGCAAUUCCGAUUCCAAAAAGCGGCGGGGCCGGUCAACCAUACGGACUUGGUAUCACGGGCCAGAAAACUCGUUCCAGCAUGGACGGGCACACCUCGACCUCGGACCCCGACGCAACACCCACCGCUGCGUUAGCGCCCAACCACCUAGGAACCACAGCCUCCAACCCGCCCAUCAUCACUGCCGCCGACAAGAGGCCUAGCAUAAGCUACAGCACCACCGACGACGAAGACACCCUGCACAUGGCCCGGCCCAGCCCACCCUCCCUCGCCAUCCCACGCGCAACCACCCCCUCGCUCUCGCUCUCCUCCUCCUCGGCCAUCAGCCUCCUCCGCCCGGACCGCGCCUCCCUCUCCUCAGGCUCCGAGUCCUACUACCUCACCCGGCCGCCCGGGCUCAGCAGCGCGUCCAGCGCGAUCGGCACCCUACCAUCCCUCCAACGCCGGCGCAGCGCGACCAUCCAGCGGGCCAAAUCCCCGCUCGGGCUGAGCUCGCUCGCGGCACCGCUACCCCAAGCCGACGCAGACUGGGACUACGCCGAGACGGAGUGGUGGGGCUGGAUCAUUCUGGUGGUCACCUGGACGGUGUUCGUUAUCGGCAUGGGCUCGUGCCUCGGCGUCUGGAGCUGGGCCUGGGACGUCGGCACCACCCCCUACGCCCCGCCCGAACUCGAGGACGAUCCCACCCUGCCCAUUGUCGGGUACUAUCCGGCCUUGAUGAUCCUGACGGGCGUCAUGGCCUGGGUGUGGGUGGUGGUGGCGUGGACGGGAAUGAAGUAUUUUAGGCAUGCGCAGAAAACAUGUCAGUCGACAGAGGUUGUGAGAGGCUAUCUACAAGAACGGGAGUCCUUCCCUUUCCAUCCCUUCUCGUCCCCCAGCCCCGUCCACCCGGUGCGGAAAGAACUGGUUACAAAAAGCUCGGGAAGGGCAAAAGCUCAGCCCCCUGGCCCAAAUCCGAAUCGAACUCAGAACCAGGCGACCUACGAAACCGUCUUGUCUGCCAUACCGCGCAUGGGCACUCGACAGUUUCUGGGCAACGGUACUGCGUUGAGCGCAACGCAGUUCCACUCGACCAGGCGGCCCCUGGUAAAGGCUAACUCGAAAGUUGGUUGCAGAAACUAA